AUGGCCGGGACUGUCCAGAAAGUCGUCCUCCUCGGGAUAAGUAGGAAGGCCAUAAUAGCCGAGCUCGCUGCGGCGUGCCUCGUCGUGACGGCUGCAUUACGAACAAUGAGCAUCAAGUUUCCGGAUCCAUCCAUCCUUCCAGCAGUGGUGGACUACCGCUCGCAGUCUUCUCAUUGA